AUGUGCAACCUUCGUCAACUGCCUGGGAUAACCCCGGACGCCUUUAAAAAGCUCUACCGUUUGCUCCGCCGCGGUGAUGCUUUCUCCGUAACAGGUAGACCUCACCGCACUGGACGAGGAGAGCUCACAGUUGUGGCCACGGAAUUGCCUCAGCUUUUGUCUCCUUGUCUCCACGAUGUCCCCCUGGACGCAAAAGAACACGAGAACUCGCCAUACCCCCGUCAUGUCCAGUUCCUGGCAGACCAAACGACGGCCGACAUUAUCAAGGCACGCUCGGCCAUCAUCCAGCAUCUGCGUCAAUUCUUCCUCGAUCGGUCUUUUAUGGAGGUCAACACUCCCAUCGUCAAUUCGAUCGCCGGUGGAGCCAUCGCUCGUCCCUUCUAUACUUCUGCGACCGAAUUUCCCGACCGCCAGCUGUCUCUCAGAAUUGCACCAGAACUAUGGCUGAAGCGCCUAGUGGUUGGUGGUUUCGAUAGGGUGUUUGAGAUUGGACCCUCCUUUCGCAAUGAAGGCAUCGACAAGACCCAUAACCCUGAGUUUACAACUUGUGAAUUCUAUCAUGCCUAUGCCAACCUAGAAGACCUUGUGUCUAUGACAGAGAGUCUACUGUCUGGCAUGGCACAACAUAUCCACGACUUUAACAAAGACGGUGCUCUGAAGCCCACCGAAGUUGACUUCUCAACGCCGUUCCGUCGUAUCGAUUUCCUCACUGGCAUUGAAGAGAAGAUCGGCCGCAAGCUGCCAGAUCUCACAUCCCCAGAUGCCGUGGUCCAGGUGAAACAACUGUUCAAGGACCUAUCACUCGAGAUUCCCGAGGCUCCCACACUUCCCCGACUUUUGGAUGAACUCUGCAGCAUCUAUGUGGAACCCGAGUGCAUAAACCCGACCUUUAUCAUCAACCCUCCUGAAUGUCUAUCGCCCUUGUCGAAAUCUUUUAUCCAUCCAGUCAAUGGCCAGCGUGUUGCUGCACGGGGAGAACUGUUCAUCGAGGGAAAGGAGGUGGUGAAUACCUACGAGGAAGAAAACUCGCCAUCUGAACAACGACGCAAGUUUGAAGACCAGGUCCGCUACAGCAAGAAUGCAGACGAGUCUGCAGAGAUCGACGAGAGCUAUCUUGAGGCGCUGGAAUGGGGCCUUCCCGCUACAGGUGGCUGGGGAUGUGGCAUCGACCGACUUUGCAUGCUCUUCACCGGCGCGAAGAGGAUAGCAGAUGUCCUACCCUUUGGGACCCUACGGGCCGUAACCCGGCGAUGA